AUUGCAGGGCCUCCCUGCCUGAGCUGACGUUCGAGCUCCUCAGGAGAGGCAGAUCACCACCGUGCUGAGGAAGACUCCUUACACAGCCACCAUGCUCAGCAUGAGGAUAGUCCUGGUGCUCAUGCUGCUCCUCACCCUCUCCCCGCACUGCACAGCAGCCCCUUACACACCUACAGAAUGCUGCUUCAGAUAUAUAAAACAUACUCUCCGAUCUGCUAAUCUGAAGGAUUGCUAUGAGACCCCCAAGGAGUGUUUCUUUCCAGCAGUUGUGUUUGAGACUAAGAAUGGGAACAAGCUCUGUGCAGACCCGAACCUGCCCUGGGUGGUGAAAGCAGCUGAGAAACUUCAAAAACAGAAGAGUGCUCGUGCUCCGUGAUCUACAGCAGACACCGCAGUUUAGGCUACCCAUCUUUCUGGUGGAAAGAUUUGUAUACUCAACCUCCUGGAAAGGGACUGCAGCAAGUCCUUGAUGCUGAGGGACGGCACUGGCCUACCAGAGACCUGUCCCACGCCAGCCAGCCAGGUAUCAGCUCCUAGGGUGCCCAUGCUC